AUGGAUGUAAUGGAUUGUUCUGUUAAGGGUAAAACUAUCGUUGUAACAGGUGCCGGGCAAGGCAUCGGAAAUGAAUUGUGCCGUACGCUCGAUCGUCUGGGUGCAAAGGUGAUCGCAGUGUCUCGAUCGAUAGGACCGCUGAACGAAUUGAAGGGCGAUUGUCCGCGGGUUGAAACGAUUCAGGUCGAUCUAAGCGACUGGAAAGAAACCCGAACCGCAUUAGCACCGCUCGGAAAGGUAGACGGAUUGGUCAAUAAUGCCGGUGUUGCUGUUAUCAAACCCUUUCUCGAGCUAACCGAAGAAGAUUACGAUCGCACAUUCAAUAUAAAUGUAAAAGCUGCAUUUAACGUUGCUCAGAUUCUCGUUCCAAAAAUGGACCCCGGAUCGAGCAUCGUCAACGUAUCGUCGCUCGCAGGCAUCAAGGCCAUUCACGGGCACUGUGCCUACUCCAUGUCCAAGGCGGCCAUCGAUGGGUUGACGCAAAAUCUAGCCCUUGAGCUUGGGCCACGCAAGAUACGCGUCAAUAGCGUUAAUCCGACCGUCAUUCUGACACGCAUGGGACGGGACAAUUGGUCCGAUCCGGCCAAGGCAGAUCCGCUGAAGGCAAAAAUUCCACUCGGACGGUUCGGCGAAGUAAACGAGGUGGUGGAACCGAUCAUUUAUUUGCUUAGCGAGCGAUCAAGCUUCAUCAAUGGGCACACCCUGCCGAUUGAGGGUGGAUUUUUGGCUGGAAAUUGA